AUGGGUCGUGGUAGUAUGAGUUAUCAAUUAAAAUUCGUGCGUUUAAUUAUGGUUUUAGUUAAUAUAAUACUUUUUUUGAUCGGUGCCUCACUAUUAGGUGAAGGUAUUGAUCUUCUAUUUGUUCGACGCUUUCAAAAUUUCACGGAACUUAUGUUAACAGUUGAAGAUUCAAAUAUUAAGCAAAAUAAGAUGUUACCCGAUGAAAUUUUGUACAUAGUUUUGAUUUUUCCUGGUAUUAUGUUUUUAUUAAUUGGAUUUUUUGGUUGCUCUGGUGCAAUAACUGGCAUACAGUGUCUUUUAUUUUUUUAUUCAUUUGGCAUAGUCAUGAAUUUAGUAUUUCAACUAAUAAUUACUAUUAGUUUGAUUGUUUUUCCAGUUGAACUUCGAGAAAAAUUUAUAUUUACAAUACGCUUAUUGAUUCGUGAAAAAUACAAAGGACCAAUUGAAAAAAAUCUUCAAUUAACAUCAUAUCUAUGGGAUUUAGUAAUGCAUCAGUUGCAAUGUUGUGGCAUAGAAAGUAAACAUGAUUUCGAUAUAGCGAAAAGUUGGAAUCGAACGAAUCCAUGGUGGGAAAGUUCGAUGUCAAUUGAGAAGAAAGAUUUUAAAUAUCCACUGACAUGUUGUCCAACGAGUAGAAGUAGCUCGGAAAAAGAUUUACAAAUAUUUCAAAAAGCUCUUAACUGUGCUAUUCAUGGUAGUGAUAUUUAUGAAAUUGGUUGUUAUAGAAAAAUAGUUGACGUAGUUAACGCUAAUCAAGGUGUCAUUUUCAUUAUUGUUGCAUUUAUUUUUAUAAUUGAGAUGACUGCAUUAGUAUUUGUACUAGUGAUUUAUAAUCGAAAUCGAAUGCAAAGAAUUGAUUAUACCAUAGAAGCAUUGCCACCGCCAUAUUCAGCGAGAACAAGAAGGAACAAUUCACAUUUGUAUUUUCGCAUUUAA